UUCUUUUUAGGAGAUUUUAACACAUUCUGAUUGUAUAUUUAUUUAAUCCUAAUUAGCCACAAUGAGUAUUGUACGGCAAGUUAUUAAUAGUCUUAAAGCACCAGGUGGUCUUGGACCGUACAGCCAAGCAAUUAAAGUGGAAAAUACUUUGUACAUAUCCGGACAGAUUGGCCUCAAUGUGGAGACUGGGCUGAUGGCUUCAGAUGUUGAAUCACAAGCUGAGCAAGUUCUUAAAAACAUGGGGUACAUCCUUGAGGCAGCCAACAUGAACUUCUCUAAUGUGGUGAAAACAACAGUACUGCUUGGAGACAUUAACGACUUUGAAAAAGUGAACUCUAUUUAUGCAAAGUAUUUUAAACAACCCUAUCCAGCAAGGGCAUGUUUCGCACCUGGAAGUCUUCCCAAACAAGCUAAAGUGGAAAUAGAAGCUAUUGCUGUGGACGGCCUGUGUUCCGACUAAAUUACCUUAUUAAAGUAAAGAAGUGUUCAUUCCUGUUUAAGCAAUUCAUGUUCUGUCAAGUGCAAUUUAAAUAUAUAAGUUACUAAAGUUUGUCACCAUAUUUUGUUAUCCAGAAUAAAAAUAUAAAUUCAAUCUUAA